AUGAUAGGUGUUUAUUCGUGUCUGUUUCUCUGCUGGGUGACUCAAUGCAUUCCAUGUACAAGCUCGGCCAAUGAUCCAAAUGGAGUCGUAGUUGUAUCUUUACGACCAGGGCAACAACUGAGAGGACUCAACAACACUUCUGCUUUCGGUCAAACCGUGUACACAUUUUAUGGUGUACCGUAUGCAGCGCCGCCCACAGGUGGUAGGAGAUUUCGCCCACCAGAACCAGCUCCAGAUUGGACAGGGAUCAGGGACGCCAUUACAGAGAGUUCAAUAUGUCCACAGGGUUCGGUGAGAACAGAAGAUUGCCUCUAUUUGAAUGUGUUUACACCGGAUGUGAAUGCAACACUUCCGGUAUUCGUGUGGAUCCACGGAGGUGGUUUCAUGAUUGGGUCGGCUUACGCUGAUGGCGAUGGAGCCACCAUUGCUCCACAAGGUGUUGUUGCAGUCACCAUCAACUACAGACUUGGCCCUUUUGGCUUUCUCUCCACGGGUGAUGACAUCAUGCCUGGAAAUUAUGGGAUGUUAGAUCAAAUUUUGGCUCUGAAGUGGGUACAGAAGUAUAUUAGAGCAUUUGGUGGCGAUCCUGGUCAGGUAACAAUUGGGGGCCAGAGUGCCGGAGCUCACAGCGUGUCCUUUAUGAUCAUUUCUCCUUUAGCAAAGGGGCUCUUUCACAGGGGCAUUAUGGAAAGCGGUUCCUCGCUGGCUUUAACUGCACUAGAAAGGCCGGGGACUAAGGAACAAGUUCGUGAAACCUCAUUAGAACUGGCUGCUCGAGUAGGAUGUAACCAAAGUCUAUCCUCCAGCAUCCUGCAGUGUCUACAGAGGGUGGAUGUUAACGAUUUGAUGGAUGCUAACAAGAAUUUCGCUCCAAUGCCGAGAAUUGAAACGACUUUUGGCUUCAUCCCUGAGGAACCGCUGAUUUUGAUACAGAAAGGGAAUUACAACAAAGUGGACACCUUACACGGAACCAACUCUGGUGAGUGGACCGGAAGCUUCCCAGAAUCCAACAACAUCAGCGUGGUUAAACAAGAGUUUGUAAAUAUCAUGAAAUCUCAAUUAAAGUAUUUCAUAAAAGCGGACGCCAUGACAAGCCUCAUGACUGAUGCCUAUACGACGAAUGUAACCGACGCCUUUACCUUGGAGAAAAUGAUUGUUCACGCAGUGGCCGAUAUAAAAUAUGGGGGAGCAACCAUUGUGGAAACAAGCAAGUAUGUAACUACGGGAGACAAUCGUACAAACCACUUCCUGUACGAGUUUGACUAUAGAAUUAGUGGGACAACUACCCCGGCCUGGCGAGGUGUGGUACAUGGUGCAGAAAGGUGUUUUGUAUUUUACCCGGAUGUACGUUACAACUACUCGACGGCAGACGACAGGGCAAUGGGACAAGCAGUUCAGACCAUGUGGGCGAAUUUUAUCAAAUAUGGCGACCCUACGCCUUCGGGUGUUUCCGUAAUGUUGAACAGCGGAAAUAAUACUGUCAAAUGGAAUAAGUUUACGAACACAACCCCUAACAUGUUGAAGAUUGAUGAACCGUCAAAACUCGUGACUUACCCUAGACUGUUUCUCGUUUCUCUGUAUGAGAGAAUUCUACAACUGAUGAAGUCAGCCAGUAGGUCAACGAAUUUUCGCUACAAAAGUUAA